CGGACCCGGGUCUACGCCAUGCGCGUGUUGCUGCCACUGCUGCGCACCAGCUGGGCCUGGCGCUUGGGCGUCCCGGCUGCCGCCGCCGCCGCCGCCGCCGCCCGCCUGCCGCGGGGAGCGAGCGCAGGGCCCGAGCCGCGCCGCGCCAUGGCUUUUUACCGCACAGAGGAGCGCGGCCAGCCCCACUCUCCUGGUUACCGCCUCUUUUUCAUGGUCUGGAACCGAGCCCACAGUAUCUCCAAGGUUUGCCCAUACCCAUUAUUUAUUUUGUUGCUCAACUUGUUCCAGCUCUGGCCUUUGGGAACUCUUUCAGAGAAUGUAGCUGGUCACUACAUUUCCCCCUUUCAUGAUAUUCCUCUGAAAGCGGACUCUGAAGAGGAAAAUGGCAUUCCUACAAAGAGAGCACGAAAUGAUGAAUAUGAGAAUUUGUUUAAUAUGGUUGUAGAAGUACCUCGGUGGACAAAUGCUAAAAUGGAGAUUGCCACGGAGGAGCCAUUGAAUCCCAUUAAACAAGAUGUAAAGGAUGGCAAGCUUCGCUACGUGGCAAAUAUCUUUCCUCACAAGGGUUAUAUAUGGAAUUAUGGUGCCCUCCCUCAGACUUGGGAAGAUCCCCAUCGAAAAGAUAAGAGCACAGACUGCUGUGGAGAUAAUGAUCCUAUUGAUGUUUGUGAAAUAGGCUCAAAGGUUCUUUCUCGUGGAGAUGUUGUUCAUGUGAAGAUCCUUGGAAUUUUGGCUCUUAUUGAUCAGGGUGAAACAGAUUGGAAAUUAAUUGCUAUCAAUGUGAAUGAUCCUGAAGCCUCAAAGUUUCAUGAUAUUGAAGAUGUUAAGAAGUACAAACCUGGUUACUUAGAAGCUACGCUUAAUUGGUUUAGAUUUUAUAAGGUACCAGAGGGAAAACCAGAAAACCAGUUUGCUUUUAAUGGAGAAUUCAAGAACAAGGCUUUUGCUCUUGAAGUUAUUAAAUCUACUCAUGAAUGUUGGAAAGCAUUGCUUAUGGAGAAGUGUGCUGGAGGGGCUAUAAAUUGCACAAAUGUGCAGGUAUGUGAUAGCCCUUUCCAUUGCUCUCAAGAGGAAGCAAGAUCAUUAGUUGAAUCGGUGUCAUUUUCACUGAAUAAAGGAAGUAGUGAAGAAGAUCAAGUAUGGCACUUCCUUGGCAAGUGAUGAGAACAUUUGAAGUUCUACCAUCAGGAUUCCAGUCUCUAAAACUCCAAGACUCCAUCUCCCCCAAGUGCUAGAAACAAGCAGAUCUAUGAGAAUUUGCUAACUUCCUUUUGAAACUUCUUUUUUUUUUUCAAAGUUUUUGAGAUAUGCAAAGUGUAAAUAAACGUUGAAAUUUUUGAAUUA